AUGGCUCAUAGAUUAGGAGGCCGUAGAAAAAAUUUGAAAAAGGGUUUUCAAUUCACCUUGAUGGUGGUUGGUGCUUCAGGCUCUGGUCGUACUACUUUCGUUAACACCCUUUGUGGUAGUGAGGUUUUAUCCAAAAAGUUGUGCGAUUCACCUGAAACUGCCCACGUAGAAGAAGGCAUCCGCAUUAAACCAGUAACUGUUGAAUUGGAUGAAGAUGGUGUCAGGAUUGCUUUAACAAUUGUAGAUACACCUGGAUUUGGAGACAACAUAGACAAUGAAUUUUGUUUCCAAGAAAUUAUGGGUUAUUUAGAGAGACAGUAUGAUGACAUUUUAGCUGAAGAAUCAAGGAUUAAACGUAAUCCACGAUUUCGUGAUAAUCGUGUUCAUGCUCUCCUUUAUUUCAUUACACCAACUGGUCAUUCUCUCCGUGAGAUUGAUAUCGAGUUAAUGAAACGUCUUAGUCCACGUGUCAAUGUCAUUCCGGUGGUCGGUAAGGCUGACACGUGCACGCCCACUGAGUUGUCUGAAUUCAAAAAGAGGAUAAUGGAAGAUAUUGAUCAUUAUAAUAUUCCAAUUUACAAUUUCCCAUUUGAUGUUGAAGAAGAUGAUGAAGAAACCGUUGAAGAAAAUAGCGAAUUACGGGCUCUUUUACCUUUCGCUAUUAUCGGCAGUGAAGAAGAGAUUAUUGUGAAUGGAAGAGCUGUUCGUGGACGUCAAUAUCCAUGGGGUGUUGUUGAAGUUUACAACCCACAACAUUCAGAUUUUGCUAGUUCUCAUUUACAAGACUUGAAGGAAAUCACUCAUGAUUUCUUGUAUGAAAAUUAUCGUACCGAGAAACUUAGUCGAAGUGCAGACAAUUCUUCCGUUGAGGACACUGCUAUUAUGUCUGAAGACCUCACUACUCAAAGUGUGCGAAUAAAAGAGGAACAACUGAAACGAGAAGAAGAAAAAUUGAGAGAAAUUGAACUAAAAGUUCAACGAGAAAUCUCUGAAAAGAGGCAAGAACUUUUAGCUAAAGAAGAAGCUUUGAGAAGCUUGGAAGCAAG